AUGAAAUAUAAACAACUUGAAAAGAAACGACUUGUACUUCAAAAAUCACAUAUUCAUGGCUGGGGACUCUACACAGAGGAAUUGAUUCAUGCUAAUGAUUUUGUACUUGAAUAUGUAGGUGAGAUCAUUCAUCGACAGGUAGCUAAAAGACGAUAUGCUCGAUGUGGGAUAGGAGGAGGUCAUUUUUUAUUUAGAGUAGAAUAUGAUACUAUUAUUGAUUCAACUAAGAAAGGAAAUAAGGCUCGAUUUAUUAACCAUUGUUGUGCACCAAAUUGCAGUGUUAAAGUGAUUGUAGUUGAUAAUCAAAAAAAAGUAGUGAUUUAUGCUAUUCGAGAUAUUGAACCUGGAGAAGAGAUUACAUAUGAUUAUAGGACAUCUAUAGAAUUGAAUCAAUUUCAUUGUCUUUGCGGUAGUAAAUUCUGUAAAGGAAUGAUAAAAUAA